GCCCCCUGAAACUCCAGCUGGUGCUGCUGGGCAAGCAGGCCAUCGAUGACGACUGUAACCAGACGGGGCAGCUCCUCGCCGCCAUGUUGGACUGGCCGCAGGGCACCUUCGCCUCCCGUGUCCAGCUGGAAGGCGGCUCCGUGCGGGUGGAGCGGGAGGUGGACGCGGGGCUGGAGACGCUGCGGUUGCGCCUCCCGGCCGUUCUCACGGCGGAUCUGCGGCUCAACGAGCCCCGUUACGCCACCCUGCCCAACAUCAUGAAAGCCAAGAAGAAGCCCCUGGAGGUGAUCCCAGCCGCGGAUUUGGGGGUCCCUGCAGGCCCCCCCCGGCUCCGGGUGCUGCAGGUUCAGGAGCCCCCGGCCCGGGCGGGGGGGGAGAAGGUGGAAAACGUCCCGGCCCUGGUGGAGAAGCUGCGGAGCUGCGGCCGCAUCUGAGGGGUAAACCAGGACGGACCAGUAUGGACCAGUGCCCUCCAGGAACCCCCCCAGUAACCCCCAGUGCCUUCCAGCCUGGGCCAGUGCCCCCCCAUCCCCAUCUAGUGCCCCCAGGACCCCCCCCCCGUCAGCCCAGGCCCCCCAGUGCCUUGUACUUCCCCCAAAUAAAGGCGUGGCUGCUCGA